AUGGUUCCUGCUGCCGCUGGUUUCAUCGUCCACUCCAUGGAUCCGAAGAACGAUGUCUCGUGGGACUUUUUUGAGCGUCUCAUUGCGCUCAUUGCCAACUACUUCCACCCAAGCAACACUGGCCGCUGGUCGGUCACUACUUGCAGUUUUCUUGUUCACACGAUAGCCCAUUUUGUCAGUCGCGUCACUAAUGAACGUCGCGCAGAGAAGGCGGGCCUUUCGGAGCGCAUCUUCGGCAGUAAGACCCAGUCAGCCGUUGCUGCCGCGGAGCAUAGACUGUCGCGGGAUUUUGUGAACCGUGUGGUCAACCUGUUGCUUCCACUUAUGCAGCAGGCUCUCCAUUCUAAGUAUGGAUCGGUGUCCGUCCAGGCUGCAGGCGCAGCCCGUGAUCUAGCCAUUUUAUCUCCAGAGAUCGUUAUCGAACCGUGCCUCGUUCAAGCAGCAGAAGGGCUGCAAUCCAUUUCUAGCCCACACCGAACAUCUGCGGCAUUGAGACUCCUGAGCUCUUUGACACCAGUCUUUAUGGAUCCGAGCUUUUUCCCGAACGGCGUAGAUUUUCUUCCCCAAAUUCUUAUGCUGACCCUCCCGGGAAUCGAUGCAAACGAUCUCAGCAAGACGGACGCUACGUUCAAAUUCAUAGCCUCAGCUGCUGGCCGCCUGCAAAGUAUUAUCGCUUCAGACCCUGGAUGUGCGGUUGCUCAUUUUCUUGAGGACUACGUUUUUCAGCUUCUCGAACGGGUUUUUGCCCUUCUGGAAUCCUUGGAGGCACCCCCGAAGAAAAACCGAAACGGCCACUUUCCAUCCGGGGGGGGAUCUCCGGUAUCUUUCUUCAUAUUUUCUGUCUCUAUGGAAAACCUCCUCGGCGCUCUUCCCAGGGAUCUCACUGUGACCGUGGCACAGCGGAUAUCUAAACAAGUGAGAGGGGCGGCAGUGUCAAAUGCCAUAAAAUUUUAUGCUCUGCUCGUCAGGACUGCGGCAGCCGCCGCAGCAGAAGCGAAGAGCGGAUGCUCUGCGAACAUCUUCAUCCCACAGCUUCUCGACCUUAUUCUCGAGAAGUCUUCGGACUCUACUGACGAACAGUACACUCUGACCUCUGUGGGUGAGAACGAAUUGGUUUGGCGAAUUCGUAUGCUGGCGCAGGCAUCGCGAACAUGUGGUAGAAUGCUCCAGUUUAAGGAGAAAAUUAGUACUGUCAUAAGGCUGGCCAUGGACAAACCUUCCCGGCCAAUUUACAAGGCUGGGGGGCGCCUCUUGCGAGGUUUCCUUGAAGGGUUGUCCUGUACCCGAAUGAAGUUUGGGCCGGGCCUUGGAACGGAGGAGGAUGCCGUCACGGAUGGUGGGAUAUACAGUUUUCAGUGGAAGGAACCCUCAAAAGAGGAGUGGGCUGGUGCUGAAGAUUUUGUUGAGUACUUUUUGAAACAAGCAGAAAAGCUUUGUUACGAAGGCUCCAAAGGGCUGAAGGAGCCUGAGGUAACCAAUGAUCGAGAUGUAUUGUUUCGAGCACUUCGAAUGUUGCAUGCGAUUCAAAGGGGUGGACGGUGGAUUUUUGCUGGGGCAAUACCUGAUCGUCUGAAAGAGCUGGACAGAUUCGCAGACGCGGCUAUCUCCAUGUCCAAGCAAGACGCAAAAAUGAUCCUAAAGCGUCCUGUUUCUGCAGGUCUUGGCGGAGAACGAGUCGAAUCAGGAGGUCGUGAAAUAGCCACAAAGUUGUGGUCGAGGACAUACUUGCUUGUAUCGGAAAUCAUGGCAAUGGUUAUAGCGACACGGCCUGACGAUGGGGCUCUGUUGUAUAGGACACUUGAGCCGCUCGAACUCGCUCAUGAGCCGUUCCGGAAAGCAAGUCCCACUCGCCAACCGUUGCACAUAUGCACGGCAUACAAAUCAAUCUACACGUCUGUGGUUGCGUCAAAGAGGCCUUUUGGGGCAGAAGGAGGUCCCGGCAGGGAUAUGCCUCGAUUUAUCGUGAAACUACGCGUUGAAGCGCACCACGAGCUGAGGUUGAGCAUUGCGGCGCGUGGGGGCUUGACAGCAGACUCAUUGAAUGAUACGCUAAUCUCUCAGGUUGCUGGUCUUGCAAUUAACGACUUUCCUCGUGUGAGAGGGGAAGCUAGGGGCGUUCUUACUCGCGCCAUGAGGUUUGCGAAACCUGCUGUGCGUCGCCGUGAGAUACAGCGUAUCAUUGCGGUGCUCAAGGAGUCUGCCAUAUCAGUUACUGCCUCUUCUGGAUUGGCCUCAGAACUCGGCGACAUUACGAGCCCCAGUAGCACUCGUGGUGUUGCAAUGCAAUCAGAGGACCCGCACAAACCUGGAGAGAUGCCGAGCACCACGACGCAGCGUCUGGCGCAAAGUGCAUCAGGUGCGAAGAAUGGAGACAUUCUGUACGACAGAAUGAUUGGCGCAGCAGCCGUACUACGCAGUGCCGCUGCAGCCCCGAUUAUCAUGCGUAGCUGGGAUCUUUUUAUAUCCAUUUUGAAGGCUCUGCUUGAUGCCAUGUUGAGCGCCGAACGUGCAGACGCUGCGAGUGCGGUGAGUUAUUUGUUCAGUAAGCUUGCGUCCCUUGUGCGGCCAUUGAGUCUGACACCAAUUCGGGUUGUCAGAGAAGAUUUCUCUGCAACUGCUGAUGAAACUUACACAGCUCCGGAAAGGGACGAAGAGAAGAGGCGGACUAUGCUCUAUGACGAUUUAAACAAGUACUUGCUUGGAGUCUUGAACCGCACAACUGAGUCUUUAAAAAAGGAUAAAGAACAAGAACAGUCACAUGGAGCGGGGUCUGAACUGAGCAAGACGAAAGAAGCCCAUUGGAGAUUACAAAGCCUAGUUGCAACAAUUUUGUACAUCAUUUUACGGGAAGACAGGCCUCCACCUGCAAGUGUGGCCGAGUUUUUUAUCAAGGGAAUGGCGUCGGACGUUGUUACGUUACGACAGAUUAGCUCAAAAGCAAUUAUGUUCAUUCUUGCAGUGCAUGGAAGACGAGAUGGAGUAAAGCGAACGGAAGAUGCCAGUUUUGAUGAUUCUCCGACAUCAUGGAGAACUGCCGGAAAUUUGGCUCUCGGAGCAAUUGGUGAAGUUGUUUGUGAACCACAGUUUGCGAAGAAGCUAGUCCACACCCUCGCACUAGAUCAUGACGAUUCCGAAGGAGGAUCAAGGCGAAAUCAGAUGAUAGGGAACGCCGGUGGUGCAAUAGCUGUGAUGAAUAUAUCCCGCAACAUCGACGGUGACGCCUGUUGGAUGAUGGCAGGGGGGCGACCGUGGCCUUCAUCAUGGGUCCCUCGUUCGCGGGAUAAUAUGAAUAUAGUGCGCAUGCGAUUGUAUGAAUCAUUCGUCAGGGUUUUUGGAAGGUACAUUUUUGAUGCGUUGGCGCCGACAUUAUCGGACCUCAUCGCGAAACUGGAAGCGAAACAGGAGAUAAUAAUAAGUGGGGUGAAGCCUGAAGACGUACGGGUUUUGGCUGCGGAGAUGUUAGCUGGAAUAUGUCGGGGCCUUGACAUUUAUCACUGUGAAGAUGGUGUCCCAGAGGAGAAGCUGCAAAGUCUUGCCUUCGCUUUGCUCAGUGACAUGACAGGGCGCCUGGGCAACGUCACUGGGGGGACGUUGAUACGGCUUAUAGCCACUUCAGAGUCGCACACUGUAGGAUGUGGCGUCUGGGCCAGUAUAUUGGAGUGGUUGCUAAAAAAGAAGCCGGUUGUAGUACCGAUGGGUGAUGGACCAGUUGCCCACCUGCAGGCCCGGAGAUUGCGUUACCUGCAUGCAUGCGUAGCUGACAUUGAUGAGUCGAAGGGAGAUAUUACUUCACGUUUUGUGAAAGAAACAUUGGGUCCUCUCACAAGUGAAAUCGGAUUUGAUCAUCAGCUUAAAACGGUCCGAGAAGAAGUGGCGAGAUGUCUCUCUCUGAUUGCAUCUAUUGUGCCGAAGCAGGCAGAAAUCUUUUUCGAUGACAAGAUUACUGAGCUCUUCGGCCGUAUGUCACCAGGGGCAAUGACUGACGUUGCCGGCCCAGAUUCUAGCUCGAUAGAAGAUGCACAGAAGAAGAGCCGUUCAAGACAAGGUGAAACGCUGUCUCGGUUCAUAUCCAUAGUCCAGUGGGGUGGGAGAACGACUGCGUUUGAAAAGUACGUCCCCAAAGCUUUGCCGGCCUUGUUUGCCUCAUUUGACGAGAGUGAUUCAGAGCGUAUCUCGCAUGCGCGAAUGGCCCUGUCAUUCUGUGCGCAGGGACGAUUUUUAUCAUCGACGAUAAGAGAAGUAAUCGUUGCAGUUGAGGAGACGGUGAACGACCCGCGGUGGAAGGUGCGGUCUUCAGUUUUGGCGUUCUUGCAGGUGUUCUCGUUUGUCUCUUUGUUCAGGAUUAGCCCAAAUGCCAUGCAGCACAUUCGACAGAUAGUUCUGACGCUGCUGGCAGAUUCCCAGCUUGAAGUGCGACAAGCAGCUGCGGCAGUUUUUGUGACCAUGGUACGGGAUGCCACGACUGAAGCAGUGGAAGAAGUUCGGAACAGUCGCAUGAAGGUCCUCGAAUCCACAACUCCGAAGCGUCGAGGGUCGAAACGGGAACCGUUAGACUCGGAAACAGUGCGUGAGCGUCAUGGCGCGGUGCUAGGUUUAUCUAGCAUGAUCACAUCUAAUCCGUACAGCGUACCACAGUGGAUGCCUGCCGUUCUCGUUGCAUUGUCAAGUUGCGUGAAUGACCCUCCCCCGAUUUCAACGGGUGUACGAAAGCUUUUUGCGGAUUUCAUGCGAACUCAUCGAGAUGAAUGGUCGACGCACAAGCUAGCAUUUGCUCCUGAUGAGUUGGACAUUGUGUCGGAAGUAUUAGUUUCACCUUCCUACUACGCGUAACCACACUUCAUGUUUUGCAGCGUGAAUAAAUAUUCCAAGUCAAGUAAGUCAAGGCGAAAUGGUGCUGGACAUGAACACUGCAUUCCUUCAAUUCAUGCCCUUUUCUUCGUCUCCACCUUAGUUGGAGAAAAGAAUACGCUUUUCAUUCGCCGUAGUAAGGAAAAGUUGCGAUGUUUAUGUACAGAAUUCAACGUCGUCGGCGAAUACAGAAAUUACCGUGUGUAUCACAGAAACACUGAUAUGAAUUAAACUUCAAUACUGAUGAGUGGUAUAGGAAUUCCGCGUACAGACCGGCACAA